GGAGAUGUAAUGACUCCUCCUGGUCGCUGGGUGUCGCUCCUUUUAAUAGAGAUUCUGUAAAAGAGGAAAUGUGUCAUUUUGAGAUGGAUUCGACGGAGGAGGAGGCAGUGAAGGUGCCGUUCGGGACAAAACAUCUGGAUGGAGUUUUGAGUGUCCCAGCAGCCUUGAAUGCAGCUCACACAGCUGUGGUUCUGACCCACGGAGCGGGAGGAGACAUGAACUUCAGACAGCUCAAGUCUCUGGCUCACUGUCUGGCAGCAGAAGGAUUCAUCUGUCUGCGCUUCACAUGUAAAGCUUUAAACCUGGGCUACAGAGUGAGGGCUUUCCGUGCUGUGUAUGACUAUUUGAAGUCACUACAGAGGUUUCCCAUCACUGACAUAUAUUUGGGAGGUAGAUCUAUGGGAUGUCGGGCUGCUGUGACUCUGGCUCGACAGCUUAGUGAUGAAUCGGAGGACACGGUGCAGGGUGUCCUCUGUCUGUCUUUCCCCCUGCACCCACCAGGACAGACACACGCCCACCAGCAGCGCAGCGAGGAUCUCCGGCUGCUGCCUGAGCGCAUGCGUGUGCUCUUUGUAUCUGGCACUGAAGACAACAUGUGUGACAGGGCACUCUUCAGCAGCACAAUAAAGAAAAUGAAGGCUCUGGUUGAGGUUUUGUGGAUACAGCGAGGCAGCCAUGGACUGACGGUGAAAGCAAAGGCUAAGGAAGCUGUGAUGGAUGAAGUGAACUUAAAAGUUGUCACCUGGCUGAAUGGAACAAGGAACAGAGAUUGAAUAUCCUCAUCACAUUUUUUUAUUUAUUGGUUUUGCCUUGGAUUGUGUAAUAAAGUAUUAUUUUAU